AUGUCUGACCACGAAGAUGCCUCUCUCAACACUGGCUACAGCACGCCUGUUCCAGAGCUGGAUGACCAUAGACAUCAAUCUUCCUCAGUGCAAAGAGCACGCUCUCGGCGAGGCACCGUUGAGACCAUGCAGAGCGUUAAUGCCGGACGGAAUCUGAGCCCUGACCUCGCUCUCGUUAACCAGGGGCUAAUGCCUACCGUCGCUCGAGAUUUCGAGGAAGCUGUUAUGGAUGAUGAACCCGGUGGAGUGUCUCCUCGUCCUGGUCGAGUUGCACCUGAUAGGAGCCGACGGGGAACAGUUACGACUCUUGACCCCCGAUCGACUUCUCCUCCGAAUUCCGUGAAAGCAUUUGCUGAUGCUCGCCGGCGGGAAAGACAACUUUCAACAUCCGAUCCCAACUCUGUAAAGGCCUUUGCCGAAAUUAGAAGACACGAGGAUUACGACCUUCACCGAACUAUCUCAGGGGCUAGUCGUCGCAGUAAACGAAGCCUCCGAAGCAGGCGUUACACCAACGAGAACGAUGCAAAGAGCUUUGCUGGAUCAUGCAAAACUGCCGAAGAAGAUGUUUGCUUUCCAUUGCAUAAUCAAGGAAACAAGGACACCUUGCAGAUCGACUUUGAGGUUCUCGAAGAUUUUAUUGCUGAUGAGGAGAGCCGUGACAAGACUCCACCAAAGGGUCAGCCCCAAGCUCGAGUGUUCCACGAUCUCCGAACACAGGGGUAUAAUGGAGGGCAAGCAACGUUUACGGCGGGAGGUGAUGUUGUUGAAAUCCCCUCGGGCACCUCUCUCGAAACCAAUGAGAAAGUCCAUGAGAAUGACAGUCUGGAUGAAUUUGUGGGUGAACCCCAGCGCGUUGACAAUCGAUUUGAGUUCUUUUCUUCCUCAGAAGAGUCUACGAUUCAUGCAGCAGAGUUUGGCGACCUGGUUCUUCCAGGAGAAGAUGUCCGCAGUCUGUUUACGCUUCCACAAGGCGAGGAAAUGGAUGGAGUUUGGUGGCUGAACAUAAACAAUCCAACUGACGAGGAGAUCCGUGCCAUCUGCAAAGCCUUCGGAGUUCAUCCUCUCACGAUUGAGGACAUUGGAACUCAAGAAGCACGAGAGAAGAUUGAACUCUUCCCGUCCUACUAUUUUGCUUGCUUCAGAUCCUUCCAUGUCCAGGAAAUCGAUGAUGGGCAAGAAUACGAACCUUUCAACAUCUAUGUCGUCGUUUUUCGCGAGGGGACCUUGAGCUUCAGCUUUUCCCCCAACCCCCAUGCAGCUCACGUCCGGAAGAGAAUCACUAUGCUGAAGGAUUAUGUGGCCCUGAGCUCUGAUUGGAUCUGUUAUGCCCUAAUUGAUGAUAUUGUUGAUUGCUUUGCACCUAUCAUCACAAACAUUGAGAAGGAAACCGACGUUAUUGAGGAUGAAGUCUUCAUUGCCCGCAAUGAUGACAUGCAUAGCUUUCUACGCAGAAUUGGCAUGGUCCGGAAGAACGUAAUGGGUCUAAUGAAACUUCUGGGCGGCAAAGCAGACGUUCUCCGGGGCUUCACUAAACGCUGCAACGCAAACUACAAAGUUACUCCUCGGAUGGAUAUUGGCCUCUACCUCGGCGACAUCCAGGACCAUGUCGUCACGAUGAUGACAAGUUUGGCCCACUUUGAGAAAAUGCUUUCCCGAUCUCACAGUAACUACCUGGCUCAACUCUCAAUCGAUAACAUCACGCAGGGAAACCAAGCAAACAAAGUCCUCAGCAAGAUCACUCUGCUCGCUUCAAUCCUCGUUCCACUGAAUUUGGUGUGCGGUAUGUUUGGGAUGAACGUCAUGGUACCUUGGAGAGAAGUUAAUAGCUUGGCUCCUUUCUUUGGAAUUCUUGGUAUUUUGAUCCUUUUUGUCAUAAUCUCCCUGGUUGUUGCUCGGAGGCUCAGAUUCAUCUAA